GUCAGUGUUAAGGCUGCUUCGGUCUUUCACUCCUCAACAAAGGACAAACCGCCUGCGUGUUAACACGGACUUCAGGGUGAAACUUUUCCUCGAGCAUCCUCCGGCUUACUUGUUGUCCAGAAAAGCUGAAAAGACUCACGCAGCCCAGUCAGGGACGCCAAAUUGUCGUGGAAAUUAGACAACACUCGCAGACUCGUCCUCUGAAGUCAGUGGUAAAGCUGCUUCGGUCUUUCACUCCUCAACAAAGGACAAACCGCCUGCGUGUUAACACGGACUUCAGGGUGAAACUUUUCCUCGAGCGACCUCCAGUUUGCUUGUUGUCCAGAAAAGCUGAAAAGACUCACGCAGCCCAGCCAGGGACGCCAAAUUGUCGUGGAAAUUAGACAACACUCGCAGACUCGUCCUCUGAAGGACAAACCGCCUGCGUGUUAACACGGACUUCAGGGUGAAACUUUUCCUCGAGCAUCCUCCGGCUUACUUGUUGUCCAGAAAAGCUGAAAAGACUCACGCAGCCCAGCCAGGAGACGCCAAAUUGUUGUUGAAAUUAGACAACACUCGCAGACUCGUCCUCUGAAGGAAGCCACUCCUCAUUUCAGAGAAAACGAAGCUCAAAGUUCAGUGCAAUCUCUCUCUCUGCGUUGAGAUCAGGAAAAUGACCAGUAUUUCAGUAGAUCAGCUUUCAGUGGAUCAGUUCAGCUGUUCAGUUUGUCUGGAUCUCCUGAAGGAUCCGGUGACGAUCCCCUGUGGUCACAAUUUCUGUAAGGUGUGUAUUAAUGACUACUGGAAGCAGGAAGAUGAGAGCGGAGUGUGUCGCUGUCCUCAGUGCAGAGACACUUUCACUCCGAGGCCUGUUCUACGCAGAAACAACAUGCUGGCUGAAGUGGUGGAGAAACUGAAGAAGACUGAAGUCCAAGCUGCUUCUCCUGCUCACUGUUACGCUGGACCUGGAGAUGUGGAGUGUGAUUUCUGUACCGUGAGAAAACGCAAAGCCGUCAAGUCCUGUCUGAUGUGUCUGGCCUCCUCUUGUGAAACUCAUCUGAAACCUCAUCUUGAAGGUCCUGCUUUGAAAAAGCACAAGUUGGCUGAUGUUGCUGGAAAUCUACAAGAGAAGAUCUGCUCUGAGCAUGAUAAAGUGCUGGAGGUCUACUGUCGUACUGACCAAAGCUUCAUCUGUUAUCUGUGUAUGACGGAUGAACACAAAAGCCACGACACCGUCUCAGUUAAAGCGUGCAGAACUGAAAAACAGAGUGAGUUAAAGGAGGAGCAGAUGAAAUCCCAGCAGAGAAUCCAGGAGAAGCAGAAGAAGGUGCAGGAACUGAAACAGACUGUGAACACUAUAAAGCUCAGUGCACAGACAGCAGUGGAGGACAGUGAGAGGAUCUUUACUGAGAUGAUCAGCUCCAUGGAGAAAAGGCGCUCGGAGGUGAUGGAGCUGAUCAGAGCUCAGGAGAAGGCUGAACUGAGUCGAGUUGAACGACUCCUGGAGCAACUGGAGCAGGAGAUCGCUGAUCUUCAGGGGAGAGUCACUGAGCUGGAGGAGCUUUCACACACAGAUGAUCACCUCCACUUCCUCCAGAGUUUCCAGCCUCUCCGUGUCUCUUCUGGACAUGAGGACUCACGCAGCAUCACUGUCAAUCAACAUCUCUCAUUUGAUGGAGUGAGGAAAUCUCUCUCUGCUCUGAAAAAGAGAAUCGAGGAAUUCUGCCAGGAGGAAUUCAUCAGAAUCCCUGAACACGCUGCAGCAGUUCAGAUCAUUUUACCCUCAGAACCAAAGAGCAGACAAGAUUUUCUGCAGUAUUUCUGUGAUCUGACUCUGGAUCCCAACACAGUAAAUUAUAACCUCAUUCUGUCUGAGAGGAACAGAGCGGUGACGUACAUUGAGAGAAAGCAGCAGUACGCUGAUCAUCCAGAGAGAUUUGACACCUACAAGCAGGUGUUGAGUAAGGAGAGUGUGUGUGGACGCUGUUACUGGGAGGCGGAGUGGAACGGUGAUGUGUGGGUGUACAUAUCAGUCUCGUAUAAAGACAUCAGCAGGAAAGGACGGGGUAAUGAGCGUUGGUUUGGACGCAACAAUCAGUCCUGGAGUCUGGGUUGUUCUACUUCUUCUCUCUUUUUCUGUCACAACAACAUUAAGACUCGUCUCACAGGUCCACCAUCCUUCAGAAUAGGAGUGUAUGUGGAUCACAGUGCAGGAACUCUGUCCUUCUACAGCGUCUCUGACACGAUGAAUCUCCUCCACAGAGUCCACACCACGUUCACUCAGCCUCUAUACGCCGGGUUCUGGGUGCCGUAUUAUGGAUCAACUCUGAGAUUAUGCAAUCCAAAAUAAAAUAUUAGUAAUGUCAUUUGCAUUUAAAAUAUUCAAUAUAUCAUAAUUUACUUUCAAAUCAAACUUACUCAGAGAUAUGAAUAACUUAUUUUAAAUUUCUUCUUUUUUUUAUUAGUACCAUUAGUUCUUCUUUCCUCUGUCUUUUAAGAGAUUUUAAUUAUAUAAAUGAAAGUAUUAUUGCUUGUGAAAACCUGUAUAAUAAAUCACUGCUAUAAUCACUGGGGUCAGAUUUUCUUUCCAAUUUUGAUGAAUAUUAUUAGAUUAUUGAUCGCAACUUUCCACUUUCACCAGUUUAAUUGAAUAUAAUGUCAUGUCAAAGGAAGUAAAAAUAACUAAAAGUAACAUGUUGUGUGUCAUGAGAAGCAGAGAGAGACGGAUGCAGAUGAUUGAUUAAAACAGUGAAUGAGUACAGAACCAAUUAGACACCCAAGUGUUAUUUAAUUGAACAAAAAUACGGAUAUGUUUUAACAGAUCUAAUUUAAAUCAGGUCUUUUUGUUUCUCGUUAACAUAAUUAUUGUUAACUAAUCCCAUUGAGGGGUU